CUUAUUUCCAUUAUUUUUAUUAUUAUUAUUGUUAUUAUAAUUAUUAUCAUAAUAGUGAUGCCGUAUAAGUAAUUGAUGGUAGUGAACAUUUGUUGACAGCGUCAGCAGUAGCAUCAUGGCGGGCUCCAGGGACUUUGCUGUCCUCGACUUACAGAAUAACUCGGAUGACCUUGGAGUAGACCUACAAUUUCAAGAUUUUGGUGAAGCUCGGACACAACCAGCUAUUGUGAGCAGUAGCAGCAGCCAGCAUGAACAAACCAUACACUUUUCAGAAUUCCCUGAUUCAGCUACAGAUGAAAAUGAGCAGGAGAAGAUUGGACCCAUGAUAAAGAGGCAAAAAAAAGAUGGACACUCAACCCCUUUGUUGCCAUUGCACCCUGCAGAAGUUCAUGUAGCUGCAAUCCUUCCAGAAGGUGUACAUGGACUAGUAAAUCUCACUCAAGUAGUUGUUCUGCAAGUGAAAGAGAAACAGUACACUUCACGUGCUGUUAAGGAUCUUUCUCAGAAAUUACCAGUUUCAUCUUUAAGUCAUCUGAAGAGAGUUAGAAGGAUACCAACAGUGAGAAAUGAGAGCGAGUGUCAAAAGUCAGAUCUAGUGACUGUAAAGCCAGACAAAAUGUUUGUGUACUUAAGUUUUGUUGAGGAGUUUGGUAUUCUUUGUUUUAAAGAAUUUGGUGAUGAUAAUAUUAUGCCUGUCAGCUCAGAGGAUGCAGCUCGAGUUAUAGCCAUACUUAAUGAAAAGAAAGUUGACUUGUCAUUAUUCUCAAACAAAGUGUUUGUUUCGAGGGUGGCCAGAUAUGCUCCAAAAGUGCGUGAGAUGUAUGACAAAGUAGCACCGCUUUGGCCUUGUUCAUUUCAUGAAGAUUCGUAUCUGACUCGGCUCUCCUCUGAUGAUUUCUUCAGUCAAGAAAAAGUGAAUAUGAUUGUCAAACACAUGAAUAAAGCAAUAGAAUUGGGUUACAAAGCAAAUGAAGAGGGAAAUCCAGCUGUAGGUGUUGUGAUGGUAGAUCACCAAAGUGGACAAGUUGUAAGUGCUGCAAAGGAUUCUAGACUGAUACACCCUUUGCAGCAUGCUGUCAUGGUGGCCAUAGAUUACAUAGCUUAUAGACAAGGUGGAGGAGUCUGGGUUCAUAAUAAUUUGCCACUUAUUGAAGAAUCUCUCUAUGGACCAUGUGGGAUAAAUGAUAUUUAUACAAGUACCUCAAAUAUUGAAUUGGGACAAGUAGUUGAAAAUAUAGGAUGCAUUGAAGAAUUCAGAAGUAAUAGUUUGGAAGACUUAAAGACUCGGAACGCUGAAGAAAUUGGCAUGAACUCCAUGACAACAUAUAUAUGUACUGGAAUUGAUGUCUAUAUAACUCAUGAACCAUGCAUGAUGUGUGCAAUGGCUCUGUUACAUUCACGUGUACAUCGUAUAUUUUAUUGCUGUCCUGACCUUCAGUUGGGUGCUUUAGGGUCGAUAACUAAGCUCCACACUUUGCCUGGUAUUAAUCACAGGUAUGAAGUGUUUAUGGUGACUCCAACCAAGUAGUUUGACAUACGAUAAAAUUCUUUUAUUUACAAUACAGUUUAACAGAAAAAACAUAAAUAUAGCUGUUACAUUUAAAAGGAAAAACAUAUCAUGGAAAGCUUAUCACAGAAAUACUGUAAAUAAUGAGAUUGUACAAAUAAAAAAAAGUUGACUUAAGAAAUCGUAAUGACACGAUUGCAAAUAAACCAUACCCCCGGCCGGGAUUGAACCCGCGGUCAUAGUCUCAAAACUCCAGCCUGUCGCGCUAGCCACGAUUUCUUAAGUCAUGUUGACGGCAGUGAAGGGACUUGAGCUAGAGUUCGCCACGGCCACGCUAGCUGGAGAUUCGUCUGUAAAAACUUGCAUUUGUGGUCACAGAGGUGCCUGUGCUAACUUUCCUAUGGUGUAGAAAUAUACCUAGUUGGAUGAAUCUUAU